UUACAACCGCAUUAAUUAGACUGACGAUCUAUCAUUGUAUAAGACAAAAACCCUCACACACUAGUGAGAAUAUAAAUGCUGAGAUCAACAGAUCAUGAUCAUUGUUAAACAGAUCACAGUGUAGUGUGGACCGCAGUGAUCAUGAAUAUCUUGAAUAUAAUUUUGCUGUCAUGUUCUUUGGCCGUGACCGUCGCUCAAAAAGUGGGGGACACAAGCAAUGACAUCAUUGAUGGUCAGAGACGGAGUACCGGUGGGUACGGACUGCUGAGGCCCGGGUACUCGUCCGGGUAUAACCCGGGUGGGUACGGGGGCUACAACAAUGGCUACGGAGGUGCUACAGGGGGUUACGGAGGUGGACUAGGGAGUUACGGCGGUGGGAUUGGCGGCUACGGAGGUGGUUUAGGGGGUUAUGGAGGUAGCCCUGGCUACGGAGGAGGAUAUGGGGGCAAUCAAGGCUUUGGUGCACCUGGAUUUGGAUCGUAUCCAGGACAGGGAGGAUAUCCUGGCGGAAUUGGAGGUUCAGGCGGCUACGGUGCAGGCGGCGGUUACCCGGGCGGCUACGGCGGCUUCGGACAAGGAUAUCCGGGAUACGGCGGCAGUGGUUACCGCCCAAACAGGCCGGGAUUUGACUACAACUCUCGUCCCGGUUACCCAGGCUACUCUGGCAGCAACACAGGCUACCAAGGCGGCUACCAAGGUGGUUACCAGGCCAGCUACAGACCCGGUUACAGCAACCAAUACAGGCCUGGCUUAGACCGGCCUUAUUCGGCCACGGCUGGAAACUACUUUGGAGGUUACGGCGAUGGCUACAGUGAGAACUUUAGGUUCUUAGGCAGAAAAGUUGGCGAAAUCAAGGAGAAUGAUGAGAAGUCGUAGUUGAUUAGUUAAGGUUUUAGAAGUAGUAAUGUAAUGUAGUAUUUAAGAUCUGAUUUAUAUUGUUGCACUGAUUGUCUAUUAAUAAAAAUAUUUAUAGUUGA